AUGACAGACGAUGUCAUGUGUGACAUUAUUUAUGGCAAAGUCAAAUAUUGAAAAGUGAAAAUUUUAAAUUAAAAUUUGCGAUUUUAUAAAUUUUUUGUUAUAAAUAAAAUAUAAGAUGCUGAUCCGACAUUGUAUACAAUUUAAAAAUACUGCUAGAGCAGUCCUGUAUGGCAAAAAUUUUUUAAAUGGAAAAGUAUCUGAACCUCUAAAUUGUUGUUGUAACAAUUUUCAAAAAAGGUUGCUGAGAAUAGAACGUAGCAGGCGUAAUAUUGAACAAACUUCAGUCAGUAACCAAAUAUUAUACGCUGGGGGCUUGCCUAAGGAUGCAAAACGAAUGGAGAAAUCUUCUUUAACUUCUGAGGACUUAUUGGAAAAAUUAAUAUCUGGUUUAUCUGCUGAUAUGUAUCAGAAGCAUAGAGUGUAUAAAAAUGACUUAAUGAGAGUUAUUGAUAAAGUUAAGGCGUUAAAUUUUUCUAGCAAAAAACAACAAUUGUUUCUGAUUCGGUGUUGCUCUGAACUUCUUCCAGAUGAAACACCAGCAACUAGAAUGGCUUUAGUACAGGAUGUAUGGAACACUAUCAGCUCCCAUGCCAAAUUUGAUGUUGAUCACUACAAUGAGUUAUUAAAAGUAUAUAUAGCUAAUAAUAGAACAAUAAUAGCAAGUUCCUUUAUUAAUGAAAUGAGCCCUGUUAAACCAAAUCAUACAACAUUUGAACUCUUGCUAAAAGCUCUGAGUGAGGCAGGUAACAUAAACCAAACAACAGAAGUGUUGUCAAAUAUGAAGAGUUUAGGUUUAUCAACAAAUGAGAAUGUUUUCAAUUCACUCAUAAUAUGCCACGGAAAAGCAGGAAAGCUAGAUGGCAUGCAAGAGGUUUUCACAAUGAUGAGUUCAUUAAAAAUUCCAAAAACAGCAGAUACAUACACAGCAAUUAUUAAAGCUUAUGCUUGGAAUAAGAAAAACAAUUUAGUCAUAGAACAAUUAAGCAAAGCUGUUGAAAAAGGAUUUGUUUUCAAUGAAUUUCAAAUAAUGGAUAUUGUUAAGACAUUGGCUGGGGUUGAAAAUUAUGAAUUAGUACCGAAAGUAUUAAAAUUUCUACCAGAGGAAAUAUUGAAGACACCAUCAAUAUCCCCAUACAUGCAGAUUGUAUCAACACAGCUAGUGUUUCAAAACCAUCCUUUAGUUGCAUUGGAGAUAUACAAGUGCCUGCCUUUACCAUCUUUUGGGCCAAAGGAUGACCAAGGUUUGCAUGGCAGAAGUUUAGUUCGGGACUGUGUUAAGGCAUCAAUGCCUUCUAGUGUCAUAGCGCUAAUCACACAAGAGCUCAUGUCAUCUGGUAGAAAUCCGAUUGCAUUGCAAAAUGCCUCAGAGUGUGCUCUACAGUUGGGAAAAGUGCCCCUAGCUUUGGAUUUAUUUACAAGGAUGAAAAUAUUGGGCAUGCCUCUCCGUCCACAUUACUUUUGGCCUAUUUUGUUACAUUCGUCAAAUACGUAUGGAGAGAAGGGUAUAAUGAACACACUAUCAACGAUGGUAACAAUGGACGUCAAACCAGACUACGAGACGAUAAAGGAAUAUGCAUUGCCAUAUGUGAGUUUCACUUCACCGCAGAAUUUAAUGAAGAAGUUUAUGGACACCGGCUUGUCUAUAGGCGUUGUUCUCACACCCAUGAUGGAGACAUUGCUUAGCACUGGUCAAACUCGAGCUGCUAGCGAGAUAUGUGAAUUGUUCCAAGGGAAGGUAGAUGCAGAGCGAAUCAUAAAACCUCUAUACAAAUCCUAUCUAAUGAGUUGUGAUUUGAAAUCAACCAUACAUAUAUUAGAGGACAUGUCAAACAGAGCAUUGGAUAAGAACAAAGACUGGGUUGGGAGGUUCUUGUGCCAAUUCAUGAAGAGUAGAAGGAUCAAGGAGGAUAUCAAUGAUGUGCUAAAAAUUGCUACGGCAUUGUCGUCUACAUCAGUCAGGAUAUCGACAGCGGCCUCCGAUUUCUGCAUAUCGAACCUUCCAGAAAAUUAUAAGGACGCCGAAGCACUAAAGGCGACUCUCAUUGCUAUCACGGACGAGAGAUUAGUUGAUGAGGAAGAUAUGUUUGUGCAGAACGCAAUGCCGCAUCCGAAACGUAUGAACGAAGCUUCGCUCCGAGAGCACUUGAACGAACUAGAAGCUAAGGGCAUGAACACACGCGGCGUUUUACGGAAAUUGUUACAGCAGUAUUGCAGGGAGGGGAAUUUGAACGCCGCCCGAGAAAUUGCUGAUAAGUGUCAGAAAGAGGGGGUGUUCUUAUCAGCUGGCAUGAAAGCGGCAAUUUUCGAUCUACACGUCAAAAUGGGAGAGCUGGAUCUAGCCGAACUGACUCUCGCAGAUUUAAGCAAAUCCACACCUAACUUCGUGUUGGAUGAGUACAAAGUGAUUGACUUCGCCACGCUCAUGGUGUAUAGAAACAAGAUAGAUCAAGCUCUCAAUUUGAUCAAGGAACAGUCCAAGAAACGGCGCGUGGUGGGCGGGCGCGGCGUGUCGGCGAACUGCCGGCGGCUGGUGGAGGCGGCGCAUCAAGAAGCUGUCAACGAGUUUGUCCGUCUAGCCAAUAAAUACAACACGACGCCAUUAAAGCACGAACUGUUGGUCACGAUACUGCGGCACAUGGGGGAGGGGAGGUCGGAGGAUGUCUUCUUAGUGAGUGAGAAAGCGAAUGGGAGGUACAGUAAGAUGGUUCAGACGAUACUCAACACGUGCAAGAAGGUGCAUGGCGCUAGCGAUGUGCAGCUAACUCUCAUAGCCGCCCUGGCGGACGUCGGCUACAGGAAGACCCUGCGGAAGCUAUUCCUGGACCCCUCGUUCCGUUUUCACCCGGAGGCGUUGCUGCGUCGCUGCGAACGGUUCGCCGACGAGAAGAAGAUCGACGCGCUAGAAGCAAUCGCAGAAUGUUCUAGAGGCGUGAGGCACGUGGACACGCCGGAGAUAUAUAGCCUGAUGUUGGAUGUUUAUCAACGGGAAGAUGAAUGUGACAAAGCACUAUCGUUAUGGACUCGCAUGCAAGAGGCGGAGGUGAUACCUUCACAGAAGUUCAUACGCAAUCUCUGUUCUCUUUGUAAGGCCAACAAGAAGACAUUACCACCCGAAUUAUCUGUGCUGUUGGAAAAACAAGCCAAGUCAGCGACAGUAUGAGAAUUAACAAUGUUGUAAUAAUAGAGAAAUUGUGAGUAGUGUCUGUGAUAUUAUUUAUAAUUGCUAAUGUAAUUUGUUUGUAAUUUAUUGUGUUCUAUAAGUGUUAGGUAU